AUGGAAGUUAAUAAAAGCUUUGAAAAUUCUGCAUUUAAUUCAAAGUGAGUAAAUUUGUCAACAUUAUAAUAAUAACAAUAAUACAUUUUAUUUUCUACUCACUCACGUUCAAAAAAUACCCCUUCUCUACCAGUUUCCAUGGGGUCCUUAAUCAACUGAAUCUAGUUUAUCCCGCACCUAUGUUCCCGAUAAACCGAUAUAAUAUAUUUAUUUUUUUUUUUCGAUUUUUAAAAAUAUGUGUUUUUCAAUGCUGAUUUUGAAUAUUUUUUGCGGAAACCAUUAUUAAAGAAGUACGGAAAUUUGAAGAUAGUCGUUUUUACAGUUUUACUUAAAUAUCUAGUUUUUUUUUUUUUUUUGGUAUUCAGAUUUGACUGUGGUACAUCAGAUUACACGUCAGACUUAGAAAUGUCUGUGUAAGGUUUAAUACCUAGUUAUCUAACUAAAUUUGUGUACAUUAAAACUUUUCUAAUCUCUGUAUGUAACUUGCACAAGAUACGUGAUGUACAGUAUUUACAUGUAUUAUUAUAUAUUAAUAUGUGUUUGUUACAUGUAACAAACAUUUACAUUAUCAAAUAACAUAAAAAUGUUUCUACCUCUCCCUCCAUUGGAGUAGUUUUUUUUUUAAUGAUGAUAAAUAUUUAAAACACAAUUACAUAUCGGGUGAAGCAUAAUAAUUGACCUGGUUUGAAAAUAGUGAAACCUGGGUGCAGUAUGUUAAUAUGUUGCCGGGUCUUUAGGUUCAUCUAUAAUGUUUUUUACUUUUUUUUGUUACCUAUCUGAUGUGUUUUUGCACAAUAAAUCGAAAGUUUUUUCGUUUAAAACAAUUUGAGUGAGCUCAGCAAGCAAGUGACCAAGCCGGUCUCUAAAUGCACCCAUAAUAUUUAUUUACAAAAUAGAGUGAAAAAACAUAUUUAGAUAGGUAAAUAUAUUCAAUAUGGAUUCAAUUAUAAUGUUCUUCAAAUAUAAUCUUAUAAUGUUAGCACUGACAUUAUGUUGAAUUUAUAAGAUAAUAUUGACUCAAAAAUUACUAUUACCUUAAAAAGUGAUGUACUCCAAAAAUAGCAUUAACCACCUUAUGAAUCGGUUAAAUAAUCAAAAACAAAUGGUAACAAAUUUGUCUCGUUUCCAUGUUGGUUUUUCUCAUGUUUAUUCUAUAUAAAAUAUGUUGUUCUUAACAUUAUUACAUUUUAUUAAUUUUUAAGUCCCUAGAUCGAUAUAAUUUUAGAGUAGAUGUCUUGAAAAUUUUUAUGCUUUUAACAAACUAUUUGAUUGUUGAGAUUUAUAGCUGUUAUAUCCUAGAUUUUAUGUUCAAUUUACUGAAUUUCUAUUUACAACAGGAACAUACAUAUUUGCUCAGUCUUUUUGUUGUAUAUAGUUGUUUAUAGUACCUCCUUGAUUUAUGUAAAUAUAUUGUAAUAGGUACAUAAUGUUAUUAUUAUUACAUCUGUUAGAGAUAAAGUACCUUCAAUUCCCAGAUAUGGUUUUUAUAAUAUUGAUAUGUACUCAAGCUAUAUUUCAAAUAUAUUUUAUUGUAUUAACUAUAAAAUUCUUAUUUGUUUUUAAUGUAAAUUGUGAUUAUAAUAAUCAUUAUAUUUUUCAGAUUAACAUACAACUCUAAACAAGUAGGUGAAGAAAUAAAUAUCCGUAUUAAAAAAGAAGUAGACAUCAUUGAAGGUUGUGUUUAUGAGAGCCAAAUUACCAUCGAAACUGAUCCAAUUGAUUCCAUUUUGUAUCAAGAAUCACAAUUUCAAGAAAAAUAUUUUGAAUGCUCUAUUUGUGGUUACUUAUUUUUAUCAAACUCGAGUUUAAAAUGUCAUAUAAAAACUCACAGCGAAGAAAAAUUAUACUCAUGUAAAGUAUAUGAUAAAUCACAUUAUUCCUUAUCUGUUUUACAAAAUCACAUACAAGUUCAUAGCAAUGUAAGACUUUACAAAUGUAACAUUUGUGAGAAGACAUUUUCUCGAAAACAAAAUUUAAACACACAUAAAUUUACUCAUACAGGAGAAAAGCCUUAUAAUUGUGGAGAAUGUAAAUGGGCAUUUACUGAUUUAGGCGCUUUAAAAAAACAUAAAAAAGUUCAUACUGGUGAAAAGCCAUAUAAAUGUGACAUUUGUAAGAAGUUAUUUACUAAUAAAUAUAAUUUAAAGACCCAUCAAAGAAUUCAUACUGGAGAAAAGCCUUACGAAUGUAAAUUCUGUAACAAGACAUUUUCUCAAUCAUCCCAUUUAAAAUCCCAUCUAAGAAUUCAUUCUGGAGAAAAGCCUUAUAAUUGUGGAGAAUGUAAAAAGAAAUUUACUGUCUCAAGCGCUUUAAAAACACAUAAAAAAGUUCAUACUGGAGAAAAGCCAUAUAAAUGUGACAUUUGUAAGAAGUCAUUUACUAAUAAAUACAAUUUAAAGACCCACCAAAGAAUUCAUACUGGAGAAAAGCCUUAUGAAUGUUUCAUUUGUAAGAAAACAUUUUCCCUGAAAAAAACUUUAAGAACGCACAUGGGUGAAGAGCCUUAUAAAUGUAACAACAUUUGUAAAAAGUGAUUUUCAAGAAAGUACAAUUUAAACAAAUAUAAAUUAACCCAUACUGGAAAAAUCUUUAAAAAUGUAACAUGUGUAAACUAAUAUUUUCUUACAAUAGCACUUUAAAAAUGUACAGUGAAGAAUUCAUAUUGGGAGAAAAUUCUCACCAAUGGUAACAGGUGUAGUAAAACAUUUUCUUAGAAGUCCAUUAUGAUGUCAUGGGGGAUCAUACUGAUAUUUUAAAUGUUUCUAGACAAUUCAGAAAGUAGCUAGAUAAACUACAUGUUUGAAUUAUAGUCAAAAGAACUGAAGUACAAAGUUUUAUUUUGCAUAUUUUUACAUAUUUUACUAUUUUUUGACAUGUACUGCAUUUUUCUGUAUUUUACAAUUUUUCAUUGCAUAUAAAUGAUUUUUAAAUGCAUAAUUUGUAAUAUUUUGGUUAAAUUUAUAUUAUUUUAAAAAUAAUAGAAAUAAUAAAAAUAAAAAAUGUAUGUAUUGCCUUUCAGAUUGAAAAAUGUUGGAAAUACUAUUACAAAUCAAUUUUAUGAGUUUAGUAAAAAUAUUUAAACAAGAAUUUCUUAUUAUGCAUGGUAUCAUUAACUCCAUGAAAAAUAAAAAAGAUUGACAGCAAUAAUGCAAAAUAUGACGUCCUAGGAUAAUGGGGACAGAUGCAGCCGCUGUUAUAGAUAUAUCUGCUAGCAAAGAUUAACCAUUGUUAACGAAAAAUCGAUUCUGAGCAGAGUUCAGUUGAUAGUGUAGUUGCUUUGUCAACAAUAUAUAUAUAUCAUACAUAAUACAUCAUAUUAUGGUAAAAUAAUUUAAAAUGCUUUAUAUAUUUUUUUUUAAUAAUAUUUGUUUAAUGUUGUACCAAUUUUCCCGUUUUUCCGGGUUUUUCGCAUUUUAUGAGAAAAUCAAAUAACCUCUCUAAAGUACCUCCCCAUACCAAUUUUCUCUCAGUAAAGGAGCUACACAUAAAAAUCGAAGCAAGUCCUCUGGUAGAAAGUUGUCCGCAGAAAAAAAAUAAUAAACUAGAAAACCAAAACGGCAAAUAUUUACGGUACACUACUACGAGUCCACGGCGUUAUUGAUUUCAUUGUUUUUAAUUUUGCAACCUGUUUUCUACCAGAAUUAUUGCAGCAAUUAAAAAAUGACAAGAGGUCGAUUUAGUUCUUUUCAAUAUAUAGCCACUCUCAAAGAAAGUCGGUUUUUGAUAUCCAAAGUAGUUUUCAUAAUAAUUAGGAAAAACCAAAAAAUACGAUUUAUUUGCGCAAUGAUUUCAUUAUUUUAAACUUUGACGAUUUCCGUUUUUUACCAGAUAUAUUGCUCUAAUAGAAAAACAACAUGAAAUCUUUUUUGUUGAAUAUUUAAUCUAGUUGGUGACCAAUAAAGUCGUUUUUUUAUUUUAUAAAACGCUUAUGAAAAAAAAAAACUAAUGCAUUAAAUUCAAACCCGUUUUUUUAGAAAACUAAGUACAACUUAUAAUGUACCUUGUGUUAAGUUUUCAAAUAUUUUCCUUAUGUUUUAUAAUUUUAAUAAAAGAUACAUAAAAAAAAUAAAAAUAUUAAAUAUCUAAAAAGUAAUUUUUAAAGAUAAUUUUACUACGUCUGCAAAGGACUAUUAUAAUAAUUUUAUGAAAAUUAUACAGGUCUCCGCAAUAGUGAAAAAAAAAAUCAAAUUCCGUACUUUUUGCCGUAUUUCCUAUCUUUCCCCCCGGUUUUUCGUAAUUAUUAGGAAAACUACGGUAAAUCAGAAACGACUUUCUUACUCACAAACUAAACAACAUUUUCUUUUAGAAAAUAUACUAUUUUUGAAAUUUGGAUAACGAUUUCUGGUAAAGACACAUUAUAAUCUUAAAAACAAACGGACAUACUUCGCAUGAUAGAUGGAUCACUGCUGUAGAUGAGAAGUUGGGAAGGUAGAGAGGAAAUUGAAUGUAUAUCUGUACGAAAAGAUUAAUUAUCGCUAACAAAAAACUAUUCUGAGUGGAGUUUGACUAUACAUGUUUUGAAAGUAUCUAAUAUUUACGAUUUGCAUAUAAUACGUUUCGUACAUUUUCCGUUUUCCUGUUUAAAUGUUUUUGUCAUUUAUAACGAAAACUACUUUAAAUAUCAAAAACAUUAUUUUCUUUAUCAGUAGCUAGAUAUACCAAAAAACAAAAUCUUUGGUUAUUUUUCAAUUGGAGCAAUAUUUCUGGUGGAAAAUAUAGCUUGCAAAAAUUAAAACAAUUAAAUCAGUAGGUAACUGCGGUGCACUGUAAAUAUUUACUGUUUUACCUAUACAUAUCAUUCGGGUUUUUCCCAAUUUGUUUUAAAAACUCCUUUGAAAAUUAGAAAAUGACUACCUACCCCAAUGUACCAAAUUGAGAAUUACCUUUUAGAAAAUACUCUAUACAUCGAAACAAGAUUUCUGGUAUUAAUGUUCACAGAAAGCACAAUGAUGUCGUAGUAGAACUAACAGAUCCACCUUUGUGUUCCGAAUCUAAAAGUUCCUAGAUACUUUUAAUCUUUUAUAUAAUACUAACUGUACCGACCGUUAUUGCCCGUGCCAAUUUUUUAUUAUUUGGUUUACCUAUAUUACUUUUUAAUAUUGACCGCGUCGGUAUUGAAUAAAUACAAAUACAUAGAAAGUGGGUAGUUCACCUACGGCGGACUAAAAGUGUUCUGUUAUAGCAUUUUUUCAUGAUUAUUUUACUAAAAAUAUCUAAACGCUGAGUUUUGGGGGAGGAGAUUUCAAAGGAAAUGAAUCUGAACCUAAUCUAUCGGGGAAUUGGGACGCUCGGCAGUGGAAGAGCGCGUGCACUGUAUUAUGGUCGUCACUUGCAGAUGGCACGGCGUUCCUUCUAUACCUUUAUGUACGUAUUUGCCGACAAUUUAUAUUAAUACAAAAUUAAUGACGUCAUAACUUGAAUAACAUUCAAAUUUCCAACUUUCCUGGAAAAAUAUAAUCCCUGCAAGUUGCAUACAUAAAUAUAUAAUUUAGCUGUAAAUUACGAUGAACUAACUGCGAUGAACAAAUACUUCUCAAAAAACUCAAACCUGGAUAAACGUUUAGAACUGCAGUGCACUAAGAAAUUAAUUUGAUAAAUACAUUUUUUCAUAGACAACCACCCACAUUAGUAAAUGGAUUUUAAUUUUUUUUUCAUAUGUGUUACCCCGGAAACCCAUAAUUCAACAAAAAAAUUAAAUUUCUGAACUAAAAUUACCUAUAACUUGAAUUUUAGGGGAUGGUAUUCAAUAGGCGUGGAUUUCAAUAGCUAUAAACCUUCUCUGAAAAAUGCGGAACAUUUUGCAAAAGACCACGUUAAAAUCGCUCAACGUAUUCUCAUGUGAUGCGAGGACUAAGGUAAAUAGGGAUUCACUUUUAUAUACAGGGUUUAAGCUUUAUUUUAAAAUCAUUUUUAAUUCUAUCCUAAUAUAGCUAAGUAAUUUAUUACCCAUCCCUACUCCUCUGAUCUAAACUUUAAACUGUUAUAAUUCAUAAUCGGUAAAUCUGAUAUUAGUGUAAUGCAUAUCAACAUUUUUAGAAAAAUAUUCUCUAUUCAAAUCAGUGUUUUAAAAAGGAGGAGGGUGUCUAUUGGAAAAUUAAAAGUAUGCACUUAAAUUAUUUUAAAAUAAAGUAUUAAGUAAAAUAAGAUCCAGUAGGGGGUCCUCUGACCCACAGUCAAAUUUUGCCGAUAAAAUUGGAUUCUUUGGCUUCUAAAAAUGAAUUGUAAAUUUACACCAAGCAGAGAAAUAAUAAUUAUCUGUAAAAUUGAUAUUAUAUCUGUAUGUUAAAUAUGUAUGCGACUAUAAAUAUGUUAAAUGGAACAAAAUCAAUCUCGCGUAAUUUUUCGAUUGGAGCAAUAUUUUUAGUAGAAAACAUAGGUUGCAAAAAUAAUAAAAACAAUACAAAUGAUAACGCCGAGGUGCGCCGUAAAUAUUUGCCGUUUUAACUAUAAUUUUCUUUAGGGCUUUUCCCAAUUAUUUUGAAAACCUUUUAGAAAAUCAAAGUUGUUCACAGACGAAAAAACACAUAGUAAAACCAAUAUAUUCCUUGCUUCAUUCAGAAUCUAAAAACAAGAAAUAUCUGUUUCAUAGCAUACCAUGGUAUCUGUUUCAUGGUUUUAUUAUAUGUCUAUGAUCUUGACUGUGGUAUUAGUAUGAAGCCAAAACCGUUGGUCACUGAUCCGAAGUUAACGAUGAGUUAUCCUAUAGAUAGCAGUGUAUAUCAAUAAUGACAAUAACAUUCUAUACCACGUCAAUAUUACUUUUCAAUGAUGAUGGAUAUUAUUAAUAUAACUAUUACGAAUUUAUAUUAAGUCAUAGACAAUUAUGAAUUAAGAUAUUCAGAUAUAAAGUAUUAUUAUUCGUGUAUUAAGUUGCAUUAAGUUUAUUUUGAAAUUUUGACAAAAAAAAAAAAAGAAGUAGUAGAAGUAUUAAAAUCUGUGUUUUUAUUUAAUUUUAAUAUUAGAAUAAAAAUUGAAGAAACUGUUAGUUUUAUAACUUAGGGCCGUUUUCUCUAGUGAUGGUAGAAAUAGCAGUACCAGCUAAAAUAGCACUGCUAUUUUACUAUAGCAAUAAAAGACUGCUAUUUACUGUUAAUAUUAGCAGAUAUUUUUAAAAUUUGUUAAAAUCCCAUGUUGUUCGCUGACAAGGCCAAGAGCAGAUAAGUGAAAUGACAAUUCAUACUUCUACGAGGUUAUUUGGUAUUGCUAAUUGCUAAAAAAUUAGCUGCUAGUAAAAAAGGAAAUUAAAAUUAUACGAUUUAUACAUCAUAUUAUCAGCUGUUUUAUAAAAACAGCAAUAGUUGCUAUUUUAAAUUAGAAAUUUUAUUAGCAGUUGCUAAACAUUUUUUAGCAGUUUACCAUUACUAGUUCUCACUAACGUAAAAAAAGCGUUUAUCUGAUUCUUAAACUGAGUUUAUGGCUGAUAACCGUCCAGGAUUGGUCGAUUAUCUUAAAAAUUCCGUUUAAAAAUCAGCGUUUACGUUGGUGAGAACGGGCCUAAGUAUAGUACAUCAUUUUAUUUACGGAAAAUAGUAAUACUGUAAAAAGAAGGCAUUCAUUACUUGAAUAUUUAUCGAUCAGCAAUGUUAUCUCGGAAUACGAACAAAUAUCCAUAUUGCUACAUACAUUGUAUAUUUGUAUAUGAUUUAAGGUAUUAAUGCUUGUAUUAUUAAAUACCUACUACUUUUUAAAAUGGUAAAAACACCAAAAUAGCCUAAAUUACUUUACUCCGUUCCAAAUAAGAACGCACCGGGCGGCAGAUAAUAAUCGGUCAAAACUAGUGCAGCCGACUAAUGGCGACCAAUUGUAGAGCGAAUAGACUCAGCUAAGGGGGCAGAACGUCGCUCCGCGAUACAUUUGGAUGCGCCAAGCUGUGCGUUCUUAUAUGAAACGGAUCAUAAAAAAAAAAAAAAUUCUGGGGGAGAAGCGCGUGCUCCCAGCGCCUCCCCCUGGAUACGAAACUGAGGCCGAUUUAACUCAGAAAUCGAUAAAAAUAAAAGUUAUGUGGCAACAUAUUUUGUAGUUAGUUUUUUUUUUUAAUUUUUAAAAAACUUCAACUAUUCUACCUAUAGGUAAAAAUUCUGCAUCUGGUUUUACGAUGUGAAUAAUUUGGAAUCGUUAACUUUAGAAUUUAUUUGCUAACACUCCACGUCGACGGUGUUAAUAUGAUGACUUUUGAUAAUAUUAUAUUAUAAAUAAAAUGCAAUCUGCAUGUGUUCAUAAAUUGUAGGUAGGUACUUACUUAAAAUUCACUAAAUUACCGAAAUCACGUGAUGUCUAGCUGAUGUCGUAGUUGUUUAGAAAAGGUACCCAAUACUUAUUGAUAGUAAUCGAUAUUAGCAUACACGCGUACAAACUACAAUUAAUAUGUUUACUAAUAAAAUUAAACGAUGUACAAAUGUAUUAUCAAAUAUUAUUGUGUCUGUAAACUUAUAGGUAGAUACAUAACUAAACGGUCGAUUACCCAUCAAUGUUAUGUUGGUAGGUAACGUGCGCUACAGCUCCUAUAUCGAACCUUAAGUUUCAUUUGCUUACUCAAUCAUUUAGGUACUCACUCGACAUAACUAUCCAUUGUUUUUUUUUUUUUUAAAACCAUUUUCUUUAUUAUAACACGUCUUGCGCUUUCAAUAUUUUCGGAAGUACACGCGAGCAUUAAAAAUGAGGUUGGUUAAUAUGGUUACACACCAAUAUUAUUAUUAUAUACAGCUAUAAGUUUGAACAUUUGACGUACGACUGAUAUUAUUAUUAUUAUAGUGUGUGAACUUUGUUUUCACCUUUGAUUGAAAGAUUAUUAACUACUUACACGUGAUACCCGGCCUACGGAUGUUGUAGAUAUAAUUACUAUUACUUCUACUACUACUAUUACUACUACUAUAAAAUAGCUAAAUCGCAUAAAUACGUUGAUAUGUUAAUAUGAUCGAUUUAUAUAAAAAUAAAACACGUGUUGCUAUAUUUAUACGGUUUUUGCGAUCUUGAAAUCGAAUAGAUAUAUUUAUAAUAAAAUGAACUCUCGUGUCAUUACCUAAAAAAUAAUUAUAUUUUAUUAUAGGUACUGUUAUUGCCUAUAAUAAAUUUAAACGUUCCGUUUUUUAAACCUUCGCGAUUUCUAAUUUUAUCUUGAGUAGGUAUUCCGUGGAGAAACUUUCUAAUCGUACGAUAUUGAGUAAGGUAACACCUAAUAAAUAGAUAUACAAUUAAGAAUAAUAUAUUGUGGUCAAAAAUUAUAGAAUUCGUUUUCGUUCACGGUAUUUUUUUUUUUUUAUAUGGCUUAUUAUUGGUUUACAAAAUUUACCUAGCUAGAUAACGUUCGAUUGAUUUUGUUGCGAGUUAAAUAGAUACCUAUUAUCAACAUGUAGAAAACGACGAUAAAUAUUAUAAUAAUAACUUGAAUCGAUAAUUAGAUCAUCUAUUAUACUAGUUAUGAUUUACAUUUUAUGAGAUCUGAAUCUAACCGAUAAUAUUUUGUAGUAUAAAGUAUAAAAAGUUUAUAUUUUAUACACGGGAAUUGGCCGUUGGUUGUUUUUAUUUUAAGUAUAGGUACCUAUAUAAGUUAUUACGUAUAAAAAGACGAUUUAAAAUGUCUAUAUUUUCUCGCAGUAAAUUGUACUAACUUAUUGUAAAAUAAUACAUUCAAAAGUAACCUAGAUUGUAUAAUGAUUAUAAAAUUAAUUCUCAAGAUGAACCGUUUAAUGCUGCUAAUAUCUUUAAUAACUAUUUUGCCGGUGUUUGUGAAGAAUAUAAUACAAUAUUUUCAAAAAUGUUCAUCCUAAAUAUAUCGAUGAAAUGUGUGAUGUUUCUUUUAAUGAUUUUUUCAUAAAUGAAAUAAAAAAAAAUUAUGUAUUGAAUAUAAUUACUUAAAAGAUGAAAUCGCUGCAGAAAAGUUCGGUUAUAUAUUAUGUUUUGAAAGGCCGUAAUAAUUAUAAUUUUAAAAUAAUAAACUUUAUACAUUUUUCCGUUUUCAUACGUUAUUUCUCAUUUAUUAUGAAAACCUCUUGAAAAAAAUAACUUCCUUAAAGUAUCACCCCUGAAAAAAUUUUCCUUCAGAAAAAGUGCUGAACUUAAAAAUCAGAGUUAAAUUUCUGGUAGAAAAGUUGUUCACAAAAAAAAAAUAAACAUUGUAAAACCAAUAGAAGUGGUUUGUUUACAAAAAAACCUAUUAUCAUGACCAAUUAUCUACCUAUCAUAACUAUUGUAAUUGUCUAUAGUUAUGUUUGUUCUAUAUUAGUCUUAUUGAAAUUAAAAUUUCUGAUCGUAGGCAUUUUUAUGUCUAAUCAAAAUCUUUAUUACCUACUUUUUAUAAUAAUUAAUCUGUGUUAUGACUCAUGGUAUAUAUUAUAUAUAAUUUACAUUUUGAAAGUUUCUCCUUACGUUCUUUUGUUGACAAUAUAGUUCAUUAUAAAAUAAAAUAAAAUGUUAUAUACUGAAAAUAAUGUAAAUGAGUUUUAUAAUACUUUUGUAUAAUUAGGAAAUUUAGGGAAACGUCUAGGUAAAUAUUUUAUCUUUAUUAGAUUAUAAUAAUAAUAUGUUUAGUAAACUGGCACAUAUACAAUACCUACACAGUCUAAUUGAAAUUCUCUUUAGGCCUCAAAAAAACCGUAGUAAUGUUUUUUUUUUGUUUUAUCUACACACUAAUGAAUAAUAAUUUAUUUUUAGCAUAAAUUAUCUAUUUAUCUAAAUUAAAUAUACCUAUGUAUAAACGAACACAUACGACGUUGAUUUUUGAUGUAUCAAACUAUCAACUACGGACAUUAUUUCAUUUGAAGUACCUACCUACAUAGUAUUAUUAUGAUGCUCUUCUAUCAUCUUUUGCUGGCAUGACGGUAUGUAAUAAUUAUAUCUAUUAAAAAAAUGAUAAUCUAUAAUUAUGAACAAUUCUGAAAUUACCACUAAUAAUAGUCUAAAAGGUAUAAGAUUUUUGUGUUGUUAAGAUAACGUGCGUAGAUAUAACAUGAUAUAUAGGCACACUAGAUUUAUAUUUUCAGCUUGAAAAAAUAAUACAAAUUUAUUAUUUUGAUAAUAAGUAAUAAAUUAAACCAAUAAACGAACAGUUUCCGAAAAUUGUACAUAAUAUAACGCAAAUUAGUUUGAAAAUAAAUUUAAUCACAUUAAAGUAAAUAACCCAUACAAAUUUUUAUUUUUUCAAAUUUUAUAAAAUAUAUAGGUUUCAGGUAUUGGUUGAAUAUAUUUGUUUAAAAUUGGAAAUUAAUAAUAGAUAAAUACAUUUGAAAAUAGAUUUUGAGCCAAACUACCUAUUUAUUUAUGAAUUUAAACAUUGUCAAAUGAUAUGUAAUAAUAAUAACUUUUUCUCUUUUUAAAACAUUUGAAAAACUAGGAAACUGUGGAGAAAAUCUAAAAAUUACAUACAUUUGUAAGCCUUUAAGGAAUCAUUUGUAUUUUUAAUUGCAUAACUAUAAAUUUGGUGGAUAAUACUAUGUUAAAAUAUUGUAUUAUUUAAUUGGCUUUUUCAAUUCUCUACAAAUAUUGAAAAAGUAUCAUUCCUUUAAAAUAAUUACCUACGUUUUAAGCAAUUACGUUAUUCUAUUAGGCAUUUAGACCAUAAUUUUUUGUUCAUUAUAUUGUACAUAACAGUAUCUAUUAGUUACAAUACAAACAUACCAUGAUGUACAUAUCGUUAAUAAUUUCAUGUUUGAAGAAUACAAUCAAAACUGAAGUAAUUAAUAGGUAUGUGUGUGUUAUGAAAUAUGUAAUUCGAGAUUAUGUGGCUACGAGAAUUUUACCCUUUGAGACUAUAAUAUUAAGAAAAAAAAACAGAUUAUAUUGUUUUGUAACCACGUCUAAUUUUAUGAAUUAAAUACCAAAAUAAAAUUAUAAUCACUUUGGUAUAGGAAUUGUGCUUUUUGUAAUCGUUCGAUUAAGUAACGGUGAAGUAAUGGUGGUUUAAUUAUAAUCUAUAAUAAAUAAUAAAUAUAUGAAUACUACUAUACGAAGUACGAAUUUAUAUUUCAAUUAUAUAUAGAAAACUUGUUCUUUUAAAAUAAUACUAACGUAUUGUUUUAAAUUCUGAGUGUUUGUUGGCUUAGUCACUUAUUGUAUUUAGUAUAUUGGUAACGUGUUUUAAAAAAAAAAUGUCUGUGUGUCAAAAUCUAUAAAUUUUUUUUCGAUGUACCAAUCUCAGGAUUAGUUUUUGGGAGAAUUUUUUUCGUUGAUUCAUUAAGAUCAAUUUUUUUAUUUUUCUUGUAGUUUUCUUAAUAAUUAAAAAAACUUGUGAAAAACGUUAAAAUAUAAAGGAAUAGGCACGUUUAAAAAUAAUUACCUAAUAAUUGUUAUUUUUUAUUUAUGUACAGAAUUACAGACUAUAAUACCUACUGACUCCACUAAUACUGUCUCCAGAUUUAUGAGGAUUAAACUCUUUGGUUUUAUAGAAAUGUUCAUUAAUUUAAAAUGGAUAAUUUAAAUUGCUUUUUAGUUCCAAACAAAUACAAUUUAAAAUUUAAAAUUAUCAAAACAGGUUUCACAGACUCCAGAGCACAGUUUAAAAUAGUUUUUUACUUACAACGGUUUAUCGUUGAGUACUGAUAUACCUAAACUAAAUUACCAUAUCAACUUCUCAUCUACUACUGUGGCAGAAAUAUGUUGCCAAGCAUAGCAUGCUCGUCUUCUUUUUUUGUAAACAGAUUUUGAAUGUACUUCCACUGGUGUACAUAAAUGAUAUUUCGAUCGAGUUAUAAUAUUGUCGCAGUAACGCGCACGAUGCACACGUAAAUUAUACACGGAAGAUCGGACGAUGAUAUAUACUUACGCUAACCAAGUGCAGGUAGAUAAAAACAAAAAUUAGUUUUCUCGUCUACACCUACUCAACGAACGUAUACUUGCAUAAAAAUAAAAUAUAUUAUAGAAAUAAUCUCAAUGUCCUGUUUGUAGUGGACGUAAACGGCCGGUGCCAAUAUACAAUACGCGGGCUACAUCGUGAAAACAAACAUUCGAACGUAUAAUAAUUAAAAAUGAAGAUCCUCCCUGCGAGUAAAGUAUACAGUAGGUACUCGUGCUACUGCAGCGACGUGCGUUCAAAAUGUUAUUUUGUUUCCUUUGGUCACGUCACGAACCGCCCCUCUCGAAACAACAAAUAGACCGUUUACUAACUGCUAACAGCUAUAUAAGUGUACAGCUAUCAAUAUAAUACCUUUACCUUAUUAUUAAGGUACUCGAAGUGCGGAUUCUCCCUCCACCCGACGAUCGACAAAUAGAUUAAAUGUAUAAUAUUUACCGUGUCAGAAAGAUUGCGGUUUUCAAUUAUUUAUGAACGAUUAUUGUAAUAAUUUUGUAUGGGCAUUACAACAGUUUUAAUAUUGUGAUUGUACGCGUGUAUAUCACACAAAUACCACUAAGGCCGCGUGAAUUUUGUUUUUAAUGUUUCCGCCACGGCGCGUGGGUCUGGGCUCGGGCGGUCGGGUAUAUAGCCGGAUUUUAAAACCGAUUCCGUUCCAGUGACUACGGUGCUGGCCCGCAGAACGUCGAGAAACGCGCGCGCAAAACGCGAAAUUCUCAUCGCCCCGCGCCAGUCGGUGUCGUCGAGGUUGCCGCAGUCGCGAACCUCGGGAUAGUGCAACUGAAUUCCACUUUUUUUUCUUCGGUUUUUCGCGUGCCGCGUCUACUACACGGACAUCGGACACUCCGCUACAGGUUAGUGAUACUCUACCGACGCAAUAAUUAAUAAAUAUCUUAAUUAAGUAUUAUUACAUCGAUAUAUGCCUAUAAAAGUCCUAUAUAAUAUAAUUACUAUUGUCUUUUACGCUUUUUCGAUUAUUAUUGUAAUACAUGCCGAAUUAUAAUAAAGCCAAUACCACUGUGAAUUAAUAACGCGUCUCACAGUAAAACUAAUACCCAUAUUAAUAUCACUUCUUCGCCUCGCUCGGAAUCUAAAUAGUUUGAAAUAUUUUAUUCUGUUAAUUUAAUCCUAUACCCGUACAACAUUGCGUUAACAUAAAACAAAUAAAGUAUAUAAUAAUUUUUGAAAUUGUAUAGAAUAACAUACACAUAGUUGCCAAUAAUUAUUAUAAAACUAACAAAAAAAAAGACGUCCUAGGAUAAUGAGGACGGAUACAGCAAAGAUUAACUAUUGCUAACGAAAAAAACGAUUCUGAGCGAAGUUCAGUUGAUAGUGUGGUUGCUUUGUUGACAAUAUAUAAAUCAUAUCAUGGUAAAAUAUAUGUGUUAACAUAGCCAAUUUAUAUUUUCUUUAAAAACAUUUGUUCAAUAUUGUACUUAUUUUCUCGUUUUUCUUACAGUUACCCAUGGUUUUUCCCAUAUAUUGGGAAAACUCCUGAGAAAAUCGUUAAACGACCUUUCUAAAGUACUUCCCUCAAUCAAAUUUCCUUUAAGAAAAAUUGCUAUCAUUAUAAAUUGGAACAAAAUUGCUGGUAGAAAAGUUGUCCAUAAAAAAAAAUCGUAAUAUUUUACUAAUAUAUUUCGUAAAUUUCUCCGGUUUUCCUCAGUUUUUACAUUUGAUGAGAAAACUCCUGAGGAAAUUGAAAAAUGACCUUUGUAAAACCAUAAAUGUACGAAUUUUUGUAAGACCAUAAAGCUUCUUCGCUCUACUCAAAAUCUAAACUGCGUCUAUCAUGUGGUGAAAUACCUGUACCUAGUAUAUUACGGAUAAUUAUAUAUUUUUAAAUUCUGAGUAAAGCGAGAAAUUUAUUAGUUUUAAUAUGGUUUUGUGCGUGUAAAUAAUUUUCUACUAGAAAUCUUGUUCUUAUUAAAAACAUGGUAACUUUCUUGUAGAAUUUUUGGAUCUAGUUGGUCCAUUGAGGUCAUUUUUUUUUUGUAGUUUUUUUAAUAAACGGGAAAAACUAGCAAUUGUUUGUGUAAUUUUCGUUGAUAUCUGUGUUACUUUGGCAACAAGGAAAAACAUAUGACUAAUAAUUCUCUGCUCAGAAACGGUUUUCGUUAGCAAUUCAUUGAGUAAAGAUAUAAAUUGAAUUACACUAUAUAACCUCACUUCAAACAGUGAAACAUCCAUUAGCAGUAUAAGCCUUAUUUUUUAUAUUUAUUAACGUAAACAGGUAUGCAUCUUUUUACUAUUAACAAAAAAAAAAUCAAUACAAAUUUUUAUCGGCAAUAGAAGCUGAUUAUAGUAGAUAUAUUAUAGAUAACAAUAAUUGAUUUAAAUUUAUUUGAAAUACUUCUUAAAGAUGAUCUGCAGUAAUAUUAUGUAUUUUAAAUUGUUUCUACUAAAAUGUUUUUUUUUAAUCUCCCCCCUCAGAAAAAAAGUUGGUAAAUGUAGUGCCAUAAAUGAUGUGGAAAUACCACUAUGUGGUUACUUGAAAAUAUUUUUUAGAUUUUUAACAUUUUUUCUUCAAAUAAAAAAUUAACAAUGAAUUACUAAGUAAUACAACAACUGCAUUGGUUUUGUUUGUAUUGAUUGAUUACGGAGAAAAAUCCGAUUAAUAUAAUAAUAACGCCCCUCAGAAUCGAUUUUGAUUACAAUGAUUUACUUUUGUUUUGAUAUACUAACUAUGUUGCCCUAAAUCCUGUAUAUAUACGUAUAUGUAUAUGUACUGGAUACAUAUAUAUACGUUUUCAACGUAUAUGUAUACGUUCCAAAUUUCAAUAGUAGUCAAUCUACAAUAGUGGUUUACUCAUAGUGUGAAUUAUGUCCUGAUUUUUUAAAUUAAAAUUUUUGUUUAUCAACGAUUUGUUUGAUAUUUGCUUUUUGCAUUUAUAUAGUAAUUCAAAUUAUACAACUAAUGUUCACUCGUAGUAGACGAUUAUUUUAGUCAAUUUCAAAAGUAUUACUUUAAAAUCAUUUCACACUAGGUUAUUUAUCGAAAUAAAAUAAUUAUAGUGUAUUUUUAGUACAUAUUAAGAAAGUAAAUAAUAAAAAAAUGUUAACUCGUAUGACUAUGUUUUACUCAUACAAUUAUUAUUAUAUUAUAAAAUAAAUGAUUUUUCCCUACGUAUAACCAAAAUAACCCAAGAAAUUAAAUUUGAGUAAACACAAUGACAAAAUCCAAGCGUGAGCUUCCUUAACAAAAUUUUCUGGAAAUCACGGACAAAUAGAUUCUUUAUGUGCUCAAAAAUCCUUCAAUAUCAACUUUUGACCGGGUAACUUCAAUAUGUUUUUUCUUAAAUAAUCGUAUUAGUCUCUCAACAAUUUUUUAACAAACAAUGCACGUAAUAAUCAUAAUGUACAGGUACACGUGUGAAGAAUAUGCAUGAAUUAUAGUCUACUCGCAAUAACUCGACAUUUUCGACGACUCAGAUAAAAAAUAUAUUAAUUAAUUCUGUUUUCUAUAGAAUCUGUUUAACUUAGACUAAUUAAUGUAACUCGAGUAUAUCUAUAUAUUUGCUUUUUUUUUAUAUUGUUUCAUAAAUUCGAUUUGUUUUUAUAAGCUAUAAAAGUAGGUGCCUAUUUGAAUUUACUAUAAACUUUGCAAAAUCGAUAGUUCAUUUUCAUAAAAAAUCUUACGGGUUGAACAAGUAUGACGAAUUUAUAUUAAAUUAAUUAAAGAAUUAUACUUUUUGGUUAAUUAUUUUGGAUUUUCAUCAAGGUAUUGUUAUUAAUAUUAUAGUAAUAGGCAUUGGUUAGUUACGUGGCUUAAACAAUUAUUUCGUUCUACGUUCAGUUAGAUUCUUUAUUUUCCAAACUAUUAUGUUAGGCCUCACCUGUAUGGUAUAAAUGAAUGGUUUAUAUCUUGUGAUGAGGAAAAUUUUACUUUGAAGUUAACAUCAACUAUAAAAUAUGUUUAACAAUAUUAUAUAGGCACAUACAGCAUUUUUUAAAUAAAAAAAUGGUUAUUUUUUAAAUCGCUCUAAGUACGAGUUAAUCGAAUUACAAUGUUUAGUAAUUUAAUGAUUCAUCCAACCGGUAUGGUUAAUUUUAUAUUAUAAAACACAUACAUUUAACUGUAAAUAAACACGUGGAAAAAAACAGUUAUAAUUUAUUAAAUAUUUGCAAUAAGUAUUGGGUCAAAGUUUUUAUAAAACUUAUAUUAUAGCAAAGUUGAAUGACUUUUAACAACGAUGCCUGUACCUACGGAUAUUCUAAAUGGACAUUUAUAAAAAACUGGUUUUAUAAAUUUGCAAAACAAGGCUGGUGCCUGGUAGAAUACUAAAACCGUUGUAGUUUGAAGUAUCUUAAUAUUAUAAUAAUAAUAUGUCCUUGGAAAUAAAUAUUCGUGACAAAAUAUUCGAACCAUGACAUUAAAUUAAACUAAUCAAUGCAAUUAUUAAUUUUCAGUUUAUUUAGCUAUCCUAUAUACACACCAUGACAUUCAUUAUAAUUUGUUAAGGGUCCGCAUACUGAUAAUUCAUUAUUAUUUGUGUGUUACUUAAUAAUUAUUUUAUAUGCAUUAUGUAUAUUGUUUACAUGUACAUACAUGUAUAUUUGUUCACAGCUCUAUUGAUUUGCGAUUUAUUUCUUUGUUCAUUUGUUAUUCACUAUAGAUUGCAUAUUUAAAUACCAUAUGUUAGGUCACAUAACUGGGGAUCCCUCUUAGUCACGACUUCAGUAUACUAUAUGAGAAUAUUAAAAAUGAUCGAUUGUUUCGUACAUGGUUGUAAUUUUUAAACAUAUUUAUUUAAUAUUAAAAUAACAAGUUCGCUCACAAGCGGUUUACUCUUGGACAAACUCUUUAAUUAUUCGAACGAAUGUUUGUGUGCGCUUUACAUACAAUAAUAAUUAUUCAGAAAAUUGAAAAAUUGGGUUAUAUUAUACAAUAGAUUAUUACCUAUGCCUAUUAUUUUAUUAUUUAUCCGUUUAUAAUAAUAAACCUAUAUAUUAUAAUAUUACAAACGAUAAAUUGUAUUCGUUCGUCUUGAGUAGGAAAAUCCCCAGCAAUGUCCUUGAAUGUGCAAGACUUAACAAUGAGUUCUUGUUUCAGUCAUCUCACAAUUUUGGUUGGUAGUAUAAUUAUCAUCUAUUUUUUUAUUUUUUUUUUGUUAUCUCAUUAUCAUACUCGAACUGAACAAUGAAAACUGAGAAUUAUUCCAUUAUAAAAUUACCAUCAUCACAGCCUUAGAUCGAUGAUAGUUAUGGUGAGCGGAAUAUUUUGGGCGAUUUUUCGGAGGUCUACAAAAUUGUUGCAGUUGGUUUUUUCCAAAUUACUAUGUCAGCACUUGACAAGCAAUUUUACAUUUGAAACUCUGGUAUAUAGUAUAAUAGAUAAAUUGAAGUUUAUUAUUUAAUACUGAGUAGUUACUGACAUUUAUUUUAAAAAUUACGUCCUAAUAUUAACAUUAUUGUAAACUCAACAGUUUUGAAACUGUAGUAAAUUUAUUGUAAAACAUCUAAACGCCUCUUCUUUAAACCUAAUUGUUCCGCUGCUUGAUUACUAGCGGACGUCGCACAAAAGACGCUGUGAUAACGAUGUGACACCAAUAAUGAAAGUAUCGUACAAGGUAUUUGCGACCAAAAUUGCAUUGGGUCCAAUACUCUUAUAAUUUUAUGCAUUAUAUGUACAUGAAAUCAUCUCAUAUGCUUAAAAUUAUGAUAUUUAUAAUGGAAAUAUUCAAAGCAACAUUAUAGAUCAUACGUUCACGUGUUCCGUCUAAAUAUUGAGAAAAUAUAUAUACAGUGGAACCUCAAUAAGUCGAAAUUCAAUUUUUAAAAUUAUAUUCCUAAAAAUUUAUUAUACUAAAAAAAUGAUUAAAUAAUUAAUAUAAACAAAACAAAUUAUUACUAAAAAAAUACAAUAAAAAAUGUAUACUAUAGUGUUGCAGCUUUGCAAUAAAUAAUUUAUUAUUUUACUUUGACUUAGAAUUUGAGAGCAUACUAUGCUAUUGUCAAUAGCAUUUUCUACUACAUUUAGAGCAGAGAUAGUGCACUUUAUCGUCCACAUUACUUGAUUUUUUCAUACGUAUACGUGAUUAGGUUAAAUUAUGAGACGCACAUGCCGAUUAGACAAAUGAUUAUAAAAAUUAUCAAUCAUCAUUCGUCAUAGAAUAUUCAAGUUUUCUAUAAUUUUUCUUUCGAGUUAUCUAAGUUUUCGUAAGAGAACGGUAUUUAUUUCGACUUAUUAAGUUUUUUGAAUUAUCAAUGUUCCACUGUAUUUGAGCAUUUAUAUGAGAUUAAAAUAGAUUUUACUUCCAUCAUAGUACAGUUAGUGUAUUUAAAAAUAUUACCGAGAAAAAAAAUGCUUUUAAAUACUGGUGUUCAACAUAUAGGCUACACGAGUAUACCCGGCGGCGCACACAAAUCGGCAAUUCCCGAAUUAGUAAAAUUGUUCAAAUUUCGGAGGUGGAGCAAUUAUGUCUGAAUUCCGUUCCAGGGGGUGGAACAGCUACGUCAGUCCGUCUCUUUUUUUUAAAAAUAAUACUUUCUUGUUUUAUGAGUAUUGUAUACCUAUAUAAUUAACCUAUGUAGUAUAUCUAUGUAAUAAUAUUAGCUAAAGAUUUUUUCUGGUGAAAUUUCAACGGAUUUUUCAUCCGGAUUUUCCAGACUUUCUCAUCAAAUGUAGUUUGACAAAAUAUCACCAUACCGGGAAAAAUAAAAGAACCCAAAAAUCUAAAAUAAAAUACACGUGCCAACGCGUAAAUUAAUUUUUUUUAUUUGUCCAAUAAAUACUUACUUCAUUCAGUAAACACUUGGAUCUGGUACGAUCGUGCUGACGGUUGACGAAAAUAUAAAUGGCAAACAAUUUAGUGACAAUAAUAAUGGAUAAACUGUAAACUAGUCUAAAAAAAAUACCUAGAAACGUGUCGUCGACUCUAAUGAAAUUAAUUCCACUUUUGCAGUUUUGAUAUAGAUAUUUUGAUCAUAAACGUGCGCAUUUUUUUUUUACAUUUAAUUUAUUUUUUCUACGAGUAUUUAAUAGAUUAGGAAUAGUAAUAAAAAUUGCAUUUAUAAGUUAAGUAAGGAAGAGAAGGCGGCUUGAUUGUAAAAAGUAUGUAUUAUUUAAUUUUAAUAAACAUGUUUUAAAAAAAUAUGCUUUUAUUUUACAGUGAUAAAAAAAGAUAAAACCCUAUUAGUUUCUAAAAAGUUAAGUAAUAACCAUAAUAUGUUUAUUAUGCAAUAUCAUAUAUAUUCAUUUUAGGGGCAUUUAUAUCCUAGGGAUACAUUUUAUUAGCCGCAUACCUUGUUUUUUAGGCAUUUUUAUAGAAAUGGGUAAUGAUAAUAUUAAUACGUUGGACUAUUUUUUUUUAAAGUUAGGAGAUGUUUAGAGAUGGGAGACACUCCCUUAAAAUACGCCAUCGGUUAUGAAAAUAACAACAACAACAAUAAUAAUAACAAUAGUAACAAUUAUUAUAAUAUUACAUUUUUGAUUAGCAGGCACCUACAACAUAUUUUAUGCAGAUAAUAUGUUUAAUUAUUGGUUAUAAAUUGAAAAUGGUAACAACCGACACGUACCUAUUUCUAAUUUACUUUGAUAUCGACCGUGUUUAGUCAACUAUGUUCUAUAACUAUUAAGAUAAAAAGUAAUCGUAUCGUAUAUUUGUUUCAGAAUUACGAGUAAGAUACAAAGCGGGUAAAAAAAAAAUAGUUUUUUUUUUAAAAUACGUCUACGUGUUACAAUGUAUCUUAGUUACUGUCGAGAUAUCGCCGUGCCAAUUUUAUCGAUUUUUAGUAUUGGUACAUUAAAAUUUUUUUUUUAAUUAUUUCAUUUAUUUAACGACAUUCGAUUUAUUUUUUCACAACGCUUUGAAAUGUCAACAUCAGGGCAUUAUUGUAUGUAUAUUGUAUUUUAUUACGUGAUUGAAUACAUUAUAUUGUUAAUAUUGUUAAAAUUAUUCUAAAGGCAUAUGCGAAAUUAAGCGUAGUUACAUAAGCAGAUAGGUCUGAUAGGUCAAUGCUUCUCUCUCUCACACCUUACUGGGUCUUUCAUUUUAUAUAAGUGACAACACAACUAAAUAACAAUAGACAAUUCUAAAAAAAUAAAUAAUUUCUACAUAAGAAAUACCUAAUAUAUAUUUAAAUGAACAAAUAAAAUAAAAACAUCUAGUAAUUGUUUAAAUCAUUGAAGUAACGAUAAAUAUAUGGAAAAAACUUGGUUACACGAAUAAAAUAUUAUGCCGUGUCAUUCUUUACGAUAUAGCUGGACAAGGUUUAGUUGACAAAAAAAGUUAAGUAUGUUAGUAUACUCCCGUAAUAAUUAUUAUACACACUUAAAUACCGUAAUUAGUACCAGGUUAUGGUCAUAGUCUGAGAAGAGCCUAUAUACACCCUCAUCCUUAUUUUUAAAAUUCAGAUUUAUAAAUUAGUAUUCAAUGUAAUUCUUUUUAUAACGACGGCAGUCAUCAUAUUACAUCAGUAUAAUGUUCAACUACCUAUAUUGGAGUCUAGGAAAAAAGACAGCUAAAAAAAGACAAAUAUAAUAUAAAAAACACAUUUGUUUUCAAUUUUUACUUUUAAAAGUGUUAAUAGGUAUCUAUAUAAUAAUAUUUUAAAAUUAUUAAUAUUAUGUAUCUACAUCUUAGUAUUUUCCAACUUAUAUAUUAUUAUAAAGGCGCAUAUAGUAAUAUAGUAGGUACCUAAACUAGUUAAUAUUUACAUUUUACAUUUUAUUAUUUUUGAUUAAAUAUUAUACUUAUCUAAAUCUAAGUUCGAAAUAGUGUAUUUCGUGCAGUGUAUUGUUAGUUGUUUCAGUUGUUUCGUGUCUUGUUUAUUUUAAUUUAAAGUAAAAUUUUGGGUUUUUCGCUAUGGAAAUUAUUUGAUCAAAGAAAAAUAAAGAAAAAUGUUAUUGGAAAGUCCACAUAUAUGUUAUAAAGUACGUUGGGAAGACAUAAAAAACUUGGAAAUGCUAUACAUUUUCGUCAUUAAAUGACCCGGAAUAAUAUACUCCAAGUUAAAUAAUUUAGAUCCUAAUGUAGGGAUCGUACACAACCACGGACCGAAUGAAGACGAUAUUCAAGUUUCAAAAUGUUUAAUAAAAAUGAAGGAAAAAGCUAAAUCAACCUAAGUAAAUCCAGUUGAAAUUUAUGCAGAAGGAAUUAAUUUACUUUCGAUUUCAUGUAAAAUUUGAAUUCCAGUUGAAGACAUUGUAAAAAGGACUUUCUGAAACCAACGAUCUAAAAUUAUUCUACCCGGAAAAACUGUUAUUGAAGGCUAGUAAUUUUAUUCAAAUUGUAAAAUAACUUUUCGCGCAAAAAUAUAAUAUGUUAAAAAUAAAUUGAAAUAAAUCUGUAAUCGAUUAUUUAAAUAUCAACAAUAUUAAUAUAUAUAUAAAUAAAUUCUAUUAAUAAAUUCAAUAAAAUUAUACUAGAUGAUUCGGCGACUACUGGUAUACCAAACUAUACACGACUUUUACUACACGAUACAGGGGUAGACUCAACAAAUAGAAUUUCGAUAUUUACUACUGACGAUGGAUUAAAACUUUUGAGCGAAUCCAAUGAAUGGUAUUUGGAUGGUAAUUUUGCUUUAUCUCCUAAAGAAUUUAAACAGUUUUAUAUUUUUAGAAUACAGAUUAAAUCCGUUUUUAUUACUGCUGUUUAUAUGUUAUUAUGUAAAAAAAAAUAAAAAACAUACGAAAAAAUGCUAUUCAAGUUUAUACCCAGAUCCUUUAAAAUUGCACAUGGAUUUUGAACAAUCUAUGAUCCAAGCGGCAAAAAGUAUUUUAGGAGAUCACGUACAAAUAAGUGGUUGUUUUUAUCAUUUCACACAAAAUUCACAUAGAAAAGUUCAAAAUAUUGGUCUAGAAACAUUAUAUAGAGAAUACAAUGAAUUUCGAUUUUAUUGUGCUAAACUUGAUUCUUUAGUAUUUUUACCAGAAAAUAAAGUUGUGGAAGGCAUGAUUCAUUUAAAAACAAUUAUGCCCGAAGGUGCUCAAGAUCUAGUAGAUUUUUUUGAUAUGACCUACGUGAACGGUACAUAUAGACAUGUUAUUACAAAAGAAAAAACAAACAAAUUAAGAAAAUGUCAACCUAUGUUCCCUCUUUUUACUUGGAAUGUGUAUGAAACUAUGUUAAAUAAUGGCGAAUGAACAAAAAAUCAAACGGAAGGUUGGAACCACCAAUUCUCUAAAUUAGUGGGUCAUAACCAUGCAAGUAUAGGGACUAUUAUAAAAAAAAAAUUUACUUGAAAUUCCUACAGACGAAACAAAAUUGGCUCAAUAGAAUCUAAAUGUUAUGAUAUCGUAAAAAAGAAACACUUACGAGAAAAUUAAAAAAUCACUGAAUUCAAUUUGUAUUGAUUUUAAAGAAAGAAAUCGGUCAAUUGUAAUUUUUCAAAUGCAAAUUCAUAUAAUAUGUGAUUUUGAUUUAAAUAAAUUUGAUUUAAUUUAUUUUUUAAUAAUUUAUAAGCACUCAUUUUUUUUACUAAUUUUUCAUUUUGUCAAAAUAUUAACUUUUAACCAUUUUAAUUAAUUAAACCAUUUUUUUAAAAAUGAAUAUCGUUGUUGUCUUUUUUUCUGUUCCUUUUUUACCUGUAUCUUUUUUGAUUAUCUUUUUUUACCUGUUUCCCUUACAUGUUGAUACUAGGUACUUGUAAUUUCAAAAAAAUAAUAACAUAGGUUUUAGAAGAUAAAUUUCUAAACAUUUUGAUAGAUGUUUUAAUAAAGUUCUAUCAGUCAAAAAAUCCACAAAUUAAAGAAAUGAGCUAAAAAAAUCGGAACAUUUUUCUGACAGAAAAAGUUUAAUCUGAGAAAAAAACACAUUAUUGUAAAAUUAAUAGCUUCUAAACUACACACAAAACCUAACAAAAAUGAAAAAAGAAUCGAGAGAUGAAAAAUUAUUGAAAGUUAAGCCGAUAUUUGGAAAAGUGUUGAUUUUAAAAAGUCGUAUACAGUACAUGUUCAUGCCAUAGGUAAGCCUGCACUGUUGUAAGUGCAGGAAAGUUUGGGAGGUAUAUUAUACAUGGGUAAUUAAGUUCAUAUAUUUCACUAAAAGUAACGAUAAAUUAUUGCAAUCAAAUACCGAUUCUAAGUGAUAUUAAUCGUGCUUUUCGCUUGUAUAAUCCAUAAGGUUACCAAGAAACCAAAAGAGCCAAAAUUAAUGUAUCGACACUUGUUGUCAGUUCUUUUUUUUUUUUUAGACUGGAAAUCUAGACAUUUAUCAAAUAAAGUAAAAAAAUAUCCGCAUCUUUUAACGUUCAGUAUGAAUAAUUUAAAAUAUUUUUUUCUAACCGAAAAAGUGUUUUCUAAGAAAAAAGGUAAAUAUCUUAGUAAAACUUAAUAGCGUCAUCGUUACACUAAAAAUCCAAAAUGUCAAAACUAAAUCCGUGAGACGACUGAGUUUAAACUUUCAACGCAUAGGUCGAACGAAGAAGAAUAAAUUAAAAGUAGAACAAGGAUGAAAAUCGGAGUGAGCGAGAAUUAUUAAACGCUAUUGUUUUUUUCUUUACUUAUACUUAGAAAAUCACAAUAUUAUUCGAAUAUUAAGUAUUGAAGUUUCAUAGCAGUUCCGGGAAAAUGUAACGCGGAACCGGGACAUUAAUAUAGCAAUACAUCUGUUCCUUAGACCUUUUGAAUGAAAAUGUCAAUAAUCAAUUUACAUAUAUUAAUUUCAUAUAUUAUUGCAGGAUUGACAUCUUGGUAUGUACAGGUAUUAGGUAAUAUAAACACUAUAGGUAUACAAAAUACUUCAAUGUGAAAUCGUCAUAGCUUGAGUCCCAGGGAUAAUUUGACUGGUUAUAUAUUUGAAUAUUCCUUAUUGCCGGAUGUAAUAAAUUAAAUUUUUCAAGUUUUAGAACUACAACUUAAAAUUGAUUGUAUUGAACACCGUGCUACAACGAAAAGAGAUUAGGUAUACGUUGUAUAAGUUUCAAUAUAAAAAUAUAUAUUAUACUUUUACUAUAUAUGCAUCCAGUGACGUACCUAAAAUUUUUCAAUUAUGGGGGGGGGCUAAGCUAAAAAACAAAUUACUAAAAAAAGUGAUUGCAAAAUACAUAAUUGUGCAGUUAAAUUAUUAAUACUCAGUUGAAUAAAUAAUGCACAUAUACAAUGGUUAUUAUUGAAUAUUAAUAAUUUAUACAUUUUUUUUGUAUUUCAACCAAUGAGUCAAUAAAGAGGAGGGAUAAAGCCCUUAAAUAACCUUCUCCUUGGGUACACCACUGUGUGGAUCGUUAUAAUACGUAUAUUAUUAGAAUUAUUUCUAUAAAUAAAAAUGAAUCCCUAAUUCCUUUGGUCAUCGCAUUACGUGAGAACACCAAGAGCGAUUUUAACACGGUUUUUUGUAAAAUAUUCCGCAUUGUCCUGAGAAGUUUAUAGCUAUUGAAAUCCAUCCCUAUUGAAUACCAUACCCUAAAAUUCAAGUUAUAGGUAAUUUUAGUUCAAACAUUUAAUUAUUUUUGUUGAACUAUUGGUUUCCAUGGUAACAUGUAUGAAAACAAAAUUGAAAUCCAUGAACUAAUGUGGGUGUCUAUGAAAAAAUUAAUUUAUUCAUUUCUUAUUAACAAUAUUUAAUUAAUAUUAUAAAUUAUGAUCCUUAAAAUAAUAAUAAUGAAUAUAUAGGUUCUCAUAAAUUAGACAUUUGGUAUAAUAAUAGUGUAUUAAAAUAAAAAUAAAAUUACAUGUAAAUAUUAUUAUAAUUCUUCUUCUUAUUUUUCUUCUUAAUGAUCAUUAGGACCACCCCAUCAAACAACCAAUUCUCCAAGUUUCUGUCACUGUCAGCUGCUUUUGUUUUCCAACCUGGACCUCCAUUUAAUGACUCUACGCCUCUCUUUACCAUAUCUUCCCGUCUUAAACGAAGUCGUCCAAGAUGUCUUUUCACUUCUGGAUUCUCUGCCAACACCGUGACAUGCAAUAGUAGGUUCUGACUGCAACCUCCUACUCUGGAUUAUAUUAAAUAUAUUUAGAUUCUGGAAUCGUUCCACUAAUUCUCUUUUUUUUUUUUUUAUUCAUAUUAUUAUUAUAAUUAUGAUUAUCAUAUUAUUCUACUCAACUAAAUUUCAUAUUGAACACUUUUAUAUACUAGAUCUUAUUUCUUAUAAUCGUAUAAAAUAUUUUCUUACCUAGUUAAUUUUUAAUCUCUCGUCCAAAUAACUUUUUUCUAAUGAGUAAUGUUUGUAAAAAGUAGUGUGUUCAAGUGUAAUAAUUUUUAGUUUAUAUAUUAAAAAAUAUAUAAUUAUUAUAAGCGAUUAUGUUAUACGAGACACGUUUAAAAUAAUUUGUAAUAAAUAUUCAAUGUACAUUAUACAUGUUAUAUAAUUAGAUGGAUGGUUUACGGUUAAUGGAUUAUAGGGCCAUUUUUAAAUCUACAUUCAACACUUAUUUAUUCAUUUAUAUUCAUUGAAUAUAUACCAUACGUACUCAAGGAAUUAAAAAAGCCAUAAUGAUAAAAAAAGACUGAAAUUAAUGGCCUCUCCUUUUGGAAAAUUAGUGACUGGGCAUCUAAGUGCUAAUCUAAAUAAUACAAUUAUAUGCACAAAGAUAUAUUAAAAUAUCACGCCUAGACUCUGCUAACAAAGCGUAUCACGCUCUGGCUUCUUUAUUUCGGUCUAAGCUAUUGUCCAGAAAUACUAUAGAAAAGUUACAAACAACUUAUUUUUGGGAACUACAAAAAAAUCUAACUUAAACAAAUUUUAAGCCUUUCAACCUAUUAACGUCAGAGUCCUAACUCAUUCUUACUGGUAUGUCAGUGACCUCACAUUUCACAAUGAUGAAAGUAAGAACAUGCAUGUGCAGAGUAGGUGCGAAUCGUAUAAAGACGGUACUGCUAAACUGAAUAAGACCUGUGAAGUAGAAAAGUCUGGAUUCGAUUGUAAAAUAUUUAAUGGAAUUGAAACUGGACUGUAAUGAGAACGUGGAUUUAUAAAGAAAAAGGGAGUGUAAAUUAGUUUUGAAUGCCUUCUAAAACCAGUUUACUGGCUGAAAAGCUUAAAAAAAAUUAAUAUCAACCUUAUCAAAUCUUAUCAAACUAUUUAUGUUCUAUGAAUUUUAGCUAGGUUAGCUGUAGUAUGUUUUUAAGACUUUUUAUUUUCAUUUUUCAUUAUAUUUACACUUGAAUUCGUUUCUACACAUAUUUUGAUAUUUCCUUUCUAGAUUAAAUUGAAUUGUGUUUUAUUUUAGCAGAUCAAUAACAAUGAAAAUAUCAUCUCAGUCGUACGCUAUCCUGUGGCUGUCAAUUAUGAUGGUCAUUUGGAGGGCAGUCGUGUCCGAGAAAAUAAACAAAUACUCGGAAAUUGAAGCCGCUAAGUAUCUGGACAGCACAAAUCAGGCGUUAGCCCAGUGGACAAAUAGGAUUAUCCAUGCCGAUUGGAAUUGGUUGACGAACUUGACUAACGAAAAUGCUGAAAAAAAGGUAUAUUUUUAACCCCCAUAUUAUCAUAAUAAUUAUUGAACAAAAAUAUUUGACAUUAGCAUUAUAAUAUCUCAAACAGGCAUGUGUAUAUAUAUAGGACCUAUGUCAAACUGACGUGCCUACACACAUAUAUAUGUGUACAUACAUACACAAAAAUACAUACAUACGUUAAUGAGCUGGUUUUCAAGUGGGUUUAUAAAUUGAUGAUAAUGCUAUGAUAAUAAUUUAUUUGGACACAUCAGAGUUUUUUCUAUUAUUAAGUUAUGCGUUUACGAUUUUCGAUAAAAACGAGAUGUAAAAUAAACAAGUGUCAAACAUCCCGUUUAACGUCGGCUACACGCACAGCUCGAGCGCAAAUGGAUUACGUUUUAAUUGAAUCAAAAGUCGAUAGUAAUCUAUUUUCACAAACACCUCUUUUGAAAAUUAAUAAACCCGUAGAUUCGCGCUGUCAAAUGAAUUAAAUUAAUACUCUUCAUAAUCGCCCGUCGUUAAAAUGUUAUUGCGUUAAGUUAAAAAUAAUAUUAUAAUGCAAAAAAAAGAUGGUUCCGUGUAUCGUUUUUAUCAAAAUAUGUCAGAUCAAUAUUCCGACAUAAAGUUUUAAAAAUCUUCAAGAUUUAUAAUUCAUUUAUAAACAUUAAAAUAUACUUAUUUUUCUCGAGGUUUAUUUAAAUCAAAACGUAGAUUAAACGUGACGAGAUCGUGAAAAUGAAAAAAAAAAAAGUCGAUAAUAUUUUUAUAAUAUGAUAAGCAUUUUUUUUUUCAAAAUAAUCAUAUAGACGUUUAUUGGGGUGGGACAAUGUCCUUUUGUAUUUUUCGUACCUCUUGUACAUAAAAACUUAUUUUAUACUUAAAAUAUGGAAAAAUACGUAAAUAUAGUUUUAAGCAUGAGUAAAUGUAUACAAGAUGAUUCUUUUAUCGUUAAACACUCAUUAUUUAGCAAAGUAUAGACAUUUUUCGAAAAAAAAAAAAUGUUUUAUAAAUUUAGAAAACAAAUAAAUCUAAAUUGUUACAUCACCAUUAUUUUUGUUCACUUUUAUUUUUGGGGGUAAUGUGGGUUAGAAUAGUGAAACACUAUUCAAACGUUUCACGUCGUAUACUGCCACACAAAUGAAACUCCACUAAUUUUCCCCUACUCAAACUUAAAAGUAGAAUAUCUCGUGAACGGGUUGAUAAAUAUAUAUAUAUAUAGCAUUAUUGUCAUAUAGAUAUGAUGGCAACUCAACGUAUUUCGGUUGUAAACUGCAUUUUGUAAAUACCUAAAAAUACAGUAAUAUACAACAAUAUAAUUAUAAAAAUUUCACGGAAAGGAAAUCCAAGUUGAUUCAAAUUUGAGUAUCCUUUCCAUUUAUCCCUGCGAUUAGUGGUUCCUAGUUCCAUUUCUCUCAUAAUCAUGGGAAAAAGGAUUUUUGUACAUAAAAAAUCUUGGAGGGAGAUUGUGAAAGUGGUAAUGGACCUACAUGGCCCAGAAUAAGCCUAAAAAAAAAUUACCACAAUUAAUGGUUUGUGAGAUAUCGAAAAAUCAAACAUCAUUACUACGCCUAAUACAAUUUAAUGUACCCAAAUAUCAUUCUUUUAUUUUUACUCGUCAUAAAUCACACUUAAACUUUUCUAUUAAUGGGUCUUCUCGUGAUACAUUCUGGGAAUCCGACACUGAUCUUGAAUUUGUAUUUAGUUCGAUUCUCAGUCCUAAUUUGCACGUAAAUGGGCAUGCUGCGAAGCUCUUAAUAUUUUAGGACUUAUGAAUUAUGAAGCAUGUUUGUUUAUAAUUUAAGCUAAAAUCUCCCUUAGGGAAUCUAUAUAGUUUGCUUGUUAGGCCACAAUUUUAAAGUACGGAUCUGUUAUUUGGGAUUCUUUCACGGCGGAUAACUCACUUAUGCUUGAGUGUGUUCAGUGAAAUUUUUAAACUAUGUUAGUUAUGGUUUUAAAAUUGAGUGUCCACCACAUGAUUAUACACUUGUCCUUCGGUUCCUUGGGUUGAAACAUUAGCCAAUUGUAUGCAAGCAAACAACGUCGGCUUUUUAGCUAAAUAGUUGAACGGGCAAAUUGGAUUGAAAUUGAUUCACCCUUCUUAAUCUCUUUCUUAACGUCCAAAACCAUUUUUCUCUAUAUUCUUUUAAUCGUUAAUAUAGUUUUUCAAACAAAAAAAGAGAAAUAUAUGUAUAAUAUAUAUUUUUAUUUUUAUAUAUUUGUAUUUAGUUGUACACUGUUCAUUUUUGUUAUAUUGUAUAAAUAAUACAUGCAUUGAGCAUAAAGCUCGCAUAUUUUGUAAAAUAAUUAAAUAUGUAUACAUAAAAAGAGAUAAAGAGUCAAAUUGUUGUAUGAAAUGGUUAUAUUUUGUUAUAAAAUUAUCUACACUAAGUAGAUAUCCUUAAAGGGGUCUUAUAUAGGCAACAUUGAUACGUACAUGUAAUGGUUAAAUUAUUUUCAAUUUUAUAGUUUUUUGAUACAUCCAUGUAUACAUAAAUGUUAUGUGAAAUUUUUAAAUUUUAUUCAAAUUAACAACGGUAAUUCAUUCAUAUUCUUUGACUUCUUGGCAAACAGAAAAAAAUAUUGAAAGAAAGAUAAAAGUUACAAACAAAUAUUAUAUUAAAUUAAAAAUAUGUAUGUCAGUUUUAUCUAGGUUUUAGUUUUUCUUAUAUCUUGAUAUAAUACUUAAUUUAUUACAAUAUUUAUUUUACUAGCUCGCCAUUAACUUGGAAUUUGGCAAUUUCUUAAAGACUACGUGGAAAGAAACAGUGAAAUUUCCCUGGUCCACUUACACAAAUGCGGAUAUCAAAAGACAAUUUAAAUUACUAUCUGUAUUAGGAACGGCUGCCUUACCCGAAGAUAAAAUGAAAAAAGUCAGUAGUCUACAGAUGUUUGUCAAUGAUAAUAGUUAAAAUGCUUAGUAUUUUAAUUAUUAUAUAUUUUCGUUUAGUUAGACGCAACAGUUGCGACUAUGGAGAGUUUGUAUGGCAAAGCAACAAUUCCCGAAUACGGUGAUAACAAUUCAAAUCGAACAUUAAGUUUAGAACCAGGUUAAUACAUACAUGGAUAUUAGUAUUACUGACAUUUGACAUAGAAAUUAUUUUUAGUUUAAUUAUUAUGAUAUUUUAUAUUGUUUUUCAAAAGAUAUCAAUGAUAUAUUACAUAAAAGUUAUGAUGUAAAUGAACUAAAACACGUAUGGAUAAAAUGGAGAGAGGCAACGGGAAAAAAAGUUCGAUCUAUGUAUGCAGAAUACGUAAAGCUGUCUAAUGAAGCAGCCAGAUUAAACAGUAAGGAAAAUAUUAUAUACACGGUAGCUAUACUUGAUAUUUCAAAAAGUAUUGACAUUUUUCAAAAAAAAAAAGAAAAGAUUUUUCUAGUUCUAAAAUGUUUUAUAAUACAAUAAUAUAAUAAUACUAAUUUUUUUAUCCCUUGUUUUUGGUGGUAAAACGAAACUACCUAAUUUUGAUUAUUAAACCUAUAUUGAAAAUCGCAUAAAUAGAAGGAGUUCUAAUUUAACUACAUGUUGGCGUUAAAAUUGUUAAUUUUCGUUAAUCUACUGAUGGGAAUAUUACAUUUUCAAAAAAGUCAAUACUCUUCAAAAUAUCGAGUAUAGCCACUUAAUGUAAAAAUGUUACUAUAUUAUUGUAAUAAAAAUUUAUAAAUUUACAGCAUGAUGCGUAUCAUGAAUAAUUGAUUAUAUACUUUCGUAAUAUAUUAACGUUAUAAUCACUGUUCUUAGAUUAUACGGAUGCUGCAGAUUUUUGGAUUAGAGGCUAUGAGGUUGACGAUUUCCGCCCACAAAUGGAAAAGCUGUGGACGCAAAUCAAACCUUUGUAUUUACAAAUACAUGCGUAUGUGCGCAGAAAGCUCUGGGAACAAUACGGUAGUUCGGUGGUCACAAGAACUGGACCCAUACCAGCACAUUUACUUGGUAAGUUUUGAUGUUAACUCGAUCAAAUUGCGUAGAUAUUAUAAAUUUAAUGUCUUUAAUGCAAAUAUUUAUUUUAGGGGACAUGUGGGCACAAACCUGGGGAAGAGUGGACGAUUUUACCCGACCUUACCCGACUAUUGACGAAGUUAACCCUACUACAACCAUGAUAAAUCAGGUAACGUCUAGUUCAAAAAUCGCUAAUACCUAUAAUAUUAUUUAACUAAUCUGUAUUUUCAUUUGUGUUGUUUAUUUCUAUCGAAUUAUUUUCUAAUGAAUAAGUGUACGAAAUCGUGUAAUAGAUAAGAGAACCAUAUCGAUUAUAAUAUAUUUUAAUAUUUUAAUGUUCUUGUGUUAGUAUUCAUACUACAUGAAAUAAUGAAAAUGCGGAUUUUUUGUUUUAUUACUUAUUGAGGUGGAACCCUAAAAAGGAAACAUUAUAAAACUACAAUAGAUGCAAUUGAAACAAGCUGUUUUUUCUUUCGGAUUUUAGAACUAUACCCCCAAAAAGAUGUUCAAAAUCGCUGAAGAGUUCUUCACGUCACUAAAUUUAAGCGCGAUGCCGCAAUCUUUUUGGGAUAAAUCGAUUUUGGAAAAACCUUAUGGGCGCGAAUUAGUGUGCCACGCAUCGGCUUGGGACUUUUACGAUUCCAAGGACUUUAGAAUUAAACAAUGCACGUCGGUUAAUUUUAUCGAUUUUAUUACGGCUCACCACGAAAUGGGACACAUUCAAUAUUAUCUGCAAUAUAAAGACCAACCGUUUAUAUACCGCGAUGGAGCUAACGAAGGUAAUGCAUAUUAUUAUUAGUAGUAGUAGUAGUAUUAGUGAUAGUAAUAACAUUAUAUUUAUAUUAAUGAUUGAUUUAUGCUUUUAAAAAAGUUGAACAGCCAUGUGGUUUAAGUUUUUAAAUUAAAAUCGAUAAUCCUUUUAACAGUGCUUCCAUUAGUUUUUUUUUCACCUUGCAUAUACCUAACAAAGUACGUCAUAUUAUCAUGUCAUGUUAUAAUAAACUCGUAGGUUAUUUAUUUUUAACCGUACUAGCUAAAACGGUUUUAAUUUUCAUUUGAUUUGUUUGUCAAAAUAACCGUAUAAUAUACGGUAACGCAAAUGUAGUAAUAUCCAUUAUAAAUGUAUCGAAAUAACAAUUUUAACAUUUACGUCAGACGUUUCAAUAAUAUAUUUAUCAAUUAUGAAAUCUACCUUAUGUACUUGUUAGCAAUAUUCCAAUAAGAAAUACUCGUUGCUUAUUAUCAGUACAUUUUAUUAAUUAUAUCACCGUUUUUCGAGAAAGUAAUAUUUAAGUUAUAAUUUGUUCAAUGUGUUAUUUAAAAUUCAUAAAUCUACGGUUAAUAUUUAUGUUUACAAUAAAAUCUUAUUGCAGUUUUAAGUAACAUGCCAGUAUAAAUAUCAAACUUCGGAAUGAAUAAGUUAAAAUGAACUUGAUUAUCAAUUCAAUACUCAAAAUAUAUGAACGAAAAAAGUUCAUAUUUUAUUCGAAUCGACCUUUUAAAUUAUUCUGAGUAGAGAUGGGAAGAAAUUGGUUUUACUGUUUGUGCAAUUUUCUUCUUUUUUUAUCUGUGUACAACUUUUUUACCAGAAAUAUUUUACUCCAAUUAAAAAUCGACAAGGGAGUUUUUGUGUAGCAUUUUGUUAUUUAAAUUUUUUAUUUAUAAUUAUAAUAUAGUUACUUGAAUUAUAUGUAUCAAUAUUAUACUUAUUACUUAUAUACUUAUACGGAAAAUGUUUUGCGUAGGUUUUCAUGAAGCGAUCGGAGAUACAAUAUCGUUAUCCGUAUCUACACCAAAACACAUGAACAAGAUUGGUUUGUUGCCCAAACCAAGCCGUUCGUACGAGGCCAACAUCAAUUAUCUAUAUCAAAUGGGGUUGGACAAGAUAGUGUUUUUGCCCUUUGGCUAUUUAAUAGACCUUUGGAGGUGGGAUGUAUUUAAGGGACGCACGACCGAAGAAAAUUAUAACUGCGACUGGUGGAAACUUAGGUGAGUGUUUUCAUUAUUAGAUAAAUAUUAUUUAUUCGUGCCUGUGUAUAUUUUAUAAACGCACGAGAUGAUACUUGUUGUAGGUAUUCUUAUCAAGGAGUUGAGCCGCCAGUGACUAGGAACGAAAACGAUUUUGAUCCCGGAUCCAAAUACCAUAUUGUCGGAAACGUACCUUAUAUUAGAUAUUUCGUGAGUUAUAUCAUCCAAUUUCAGUUUCAUCAAGCAUUGUGUGAAAAAGCUGGACAAUUCGACCCAAGUAAUCCAAAAAGCAAACCGUUACAUGAAUGUGAUAUUUAUCAAAGUACGAACGCCGGAAACGCCUUCAAGUGAGUUAACUUGUAUGCGAUUUCUAUACUCUGUAUAGUGUACACUUUCGAUUUGUUAUUUUAUUUUUUAAUCAUUUAAUUUUUACAUAUUACAUCUACAUAAAAAAAAAAGAAAACAAAAUAAUUGUGAAUAAAUUUAAUUUUUUUAAAAUUUUUUUAGAGAAAUGUUAAAAUUAGGAUCGUCAAAACCGUGGUUUGAAGCCAUGGAACUCCUAACUGGCCAACGGGAAAUGGAUGCUGGACCUUUAUUGAAUUAUUUUAACCCUCUCUACGAAUGGCUUAAAAAUGAAAAUAAAAAGACUGGAGAACAACUUGGUUGGGAAGCGGCUAAAAAAAGUAAUUUAUGUUUAUACGAAUAAUAGCAUAUGUAUUAAUUACAUUAUUUUUCAUUGACACCUAAUCUAAUACUCCAAAAAUAUGGUAUUAUUGAUAGAAAUUAAAAUACUUAUAUAUACUAACUCCAUAAGUAAGAAAUGUACAGAUUUUAUUUUCCUCAAGAAAUUCGUUUUGGUUAAGUACUCGAGCAAUUUCGUGUAUAGAGCACAUUUGUUAUUAAACAAAUUAUUAUUAUUGAGAUUAAUUUACAAUUUAUUUAUUAAGGAAGUUACAUAAAAUAUUGUAUUUUUCGAUUUUUACUAUCCCUCAUAUAGUUUUCCUAACAACCAAACCAAAUGAAAACAAUCAAAAAAUUUACCUAUAAGUAUUGCACAGACGUUUUUCUCAUAAAAUGGUAAAAUUAUUAGGUACAAUUUUUUGUUACGCAAUGUUGUGUUAUUGCUAUCAAAUAAAAACAAUUUAAAAAUCGUACAACGUAAAUCGCCAAACGAUCGUUUUUGAAAUAACAUUUUUUUUUUUUUUUUUCAGUUUGUGUACCAACUUCAGACAUUCAAGCUUAA